AUGUCGUGGAAACUCACCAAAAAAUUGAAGGAAACUCACCUUGCUCCUUUAACGCAAACCUUCGCGCGAUCGUCCUCUACGUCCACCAUCAAGGGUGACUCGGGCGAGGAGACCCCAGUGACAUCCCAAACUCCGAGUGUGUCGACGACAAGCUCCAAUGGAAUCAGUGCUUCGGAAUCGCUCGUUUCUCCCCCGGUGGCCCCUGUGAAGCCCGGUAUCUUGAUAGUCACCUUGCAUGAAGGUCAAGGCUUCGCUCUAUCACCACACUACCAGCAGAUUUUCAACUCCCACUUCCAAAAUAACAAUGCCUACGCUGUACGCCCCAGUUCCUCUUCCUCCCACUCCACCCAUUCGCAGGGGGCUUCAUUUGUACAUAGUGGUCGCCCUCAGUCGACCAGUGGAGGCAUCAAUGCUGCCCCCACGAUCCACGGCCGGUAUUCGACCAAAUAUCUUCCAUACGCCUUGCUGGACUUCGAGAAGAACCAGGUUUUUGUCGACGCGGUUUCAGGAUCGCCGGAGAACCCCCUAUGGGCAGGAGACAACACGGCAUUCAAGUUCGACGUGUCACGGAAGACAGAAUUGAAUGUACAAUUGUAUCUUCGAAACCCCGCAGCUCGGCCUGGUGCCGGUCGAAGCGAGGAUAUCUUCCUCGGUGCAGUAAAGGUUCAUCCUCGCUUCGAGGAAGCCCAGCCUUACGUGGAGGACCCCAAACUCAGCAAGAAGGACAAUCAAAAAGCGGCCGCGGCUCACGCGGAGCAUGGGCGUCACUUGGGCCAGCUUGGUGCUGAAUGGCUAGACCUUCAGUUUGGGACCGGCUCCAUCAAGAUUGGCGUUUCAUUUGUCGAAAACAAGCAGCGCAGCCUGAAGUUGGAAGACUUCAAAUUGCUGAAGGUCGUGGGCAAAGGUAGCUUCGGCAAAGUCAUGCAGGUCAUGAAAAUGGAUACGGGUCGAAUCUACGCCCUCAAAACAAUCCGCAAGGCGCAUAUCAUUUCACGAUCAGAAGUCACGCACACUCUUGCCGAGAGGUCAGUGCUUGCUCAGAUCAACAACCCUUUCAUCGUCCCUUUGAAGUUCUCCUUCCAGUCCCCCGAGAAACUGUACUUGGUUCUCGCUUUUGUGAACGGUGGUGAGUUGUUCCACCACCUUCAGCGGGAGCAGCGUUUCGAUAUCAACCGAGCUCGUUUCUACACCGCCGAACUUCUUUGUGCACUCGAAUGUUUGCAUGGUUUCAAGGUUAUCUACCGUGAUCUGAAACCUGAAAACAUUCUUCUGGAUUACACCGGACACAUCGCUCUUUGUGACUUUGGCCUGUGCAAGUUGGAUAUGAAGGACGAAGACAGAACGAACACUUUCUGUGGAACUCCUGAGUAUCUUGCCCCUGAGUUGCUACUUGGCAAUGGAUACACGAAAACCGUUGACUGGUGGACGCUUGGUGUCCUCCUCUACGAGAUGCUGACGGGUCUUCCGCCAUUCUAUGACGAAAACACAAAUGACAUGUACCGAAAGAUUUUGCAGGAACCCUUGACUUUCCCCAGUAGCGAUGUCGUUCCCCCAGCCGCCCGGGAUCUUCUGACGAGACUGCUCGACCGAGACCCGCAACGUCGACUGGGUGCCAACGGUGCUGCGGAGAUCAAAUCGCAUCACUUCUUUGCUAACAUUGAUUGGCGCAAGCUGCUGCAGAGGAAGUAUGAGCCAAGCUUCCGACCCAAUGUGCUGGAUGCUCUUGAUACGGGCAACUUCGACCGCGAAUUUACGCAGGAGGCCCCUCAAGACUCUUACGUGGAUGGGCCCGUCUUGUCCCAGACGAUGCAGCAACAGUUUGAAGGCUGGUCUUACAACCGACCAGUUGCUGGUCUUGGAGAUGCCGGCGGUAGUGUCAAGGACCCGUCUUUUGGGAGCAUCCCCGAGUAA